CGUCUCCUCCACAAAAACAUCGCCUCCUUCCACACAAUCGUUUCUUCCACAAAAACCCUAUUCCUAGUCCAGAAAAUUGACGAAGAAGGGAAACCAAAAAACCUAAUUCAACAAUGGUGGACACUCGAGCAUUUGGAUCGGCUAGUCAUGACGGAAAAGUGUAUCAGAGAAUGGACGCGAAGAAGAAGAACCCGCAAAUCCCAAAAGCACCGAAAGCAAAAGGCCAAACUUCCACAAAACCCUCAACUGAAGUGAGGCCUGGUAGCCACAGCACAAAACAAGAUACGGGACCACAUAACAAAAUCAUUCCAGAAGGGGAAAAAGGGAAAGAGACGGCUGGGGAUUUUCCAAAUUCUGAAAAAGAUGCACUAAUAGGGGGAGUAGACACCUCCGCAAACGGGAACGAAGUGGCAGAAAACGUAAUGAAGGCUGCAAAAGGUGUAGGCAGGAUUGGUCUGUCCUUAAACAAGGCAAACGAACUGAUCAUCGGGAAGAGAGCCAGAGCUAAGGAGAGCCUCAAAAUUCUGCAAUUGGAGACAACAACAAGAGAUAAGGCAGAUACCUCCAAUGCGACUGGCAAUGUAACUGAAUCACCUGAUAUGUCUAAAGGCUCAAAGCGCCUUCGUGAAUCUGUGAAGGAAACAAGCUGUCCAGGUGAAGAAGAUUUACACAAAAAUGCACCUGGGAAGAAGGAUAGCAAAGGGAAGGAAAAGGUCGAGGAUGUUGUUGUAAUUCUCGUUUUGAGGACCAUUGUUAUUGUUACAAUAUAUUAUUUCAACUAUAUUCGUUUUUGGAGUCUCUAUGCACUAGUACGAUUACUCCAGCUGAUGCUGCAUUGUACCAAUUAGUUU